AUGGAAAAACACGAUAUUGAUAAAUUCGAGGAGCCUGGUGAAGAUUUACGACAUCAGAUUGAGGAUUAUUCGGAGGAUGAUGAUGAUUUGUUAUGUGGAUAUGGAAGGUGAGGGCUAUGACGUGGCAGACUUAGGGUAACUUCUAGGGUAACUCCUGAAUAGUAAAAAACCUUGCAAGGGAAUACGUCAUAGCGGCGUCCAAGAACGAAAAAAACAGAAAUUUUCCUGUCCAGAAACACAGGAUUGCCAGAUUAAAGGAACAUACCGUACCACCUGCGUAUCUAACUCGUACAACAUUUGUUUUGGUUUUCUGUCCAAUUUAUUCUCGAGUUAGAUCUGCAGGUUCUACCGUACUACAGGAACAUUUCUGUUUUCUUUCGUUUUUGCACGUCAUUUGCAAUUACAAACGUAUAAAAGAUCAAAAAUUGAAAAAAAACAUUUUCGACCGUAGUUCGUUUAUUCUCUUCGCGAUGAGACCCAGUGUGUAUUUCAGGUAUGCGCCUUUAAAAAAACUGAUGUUUUUGUUUUUCUCGGAGGCAAAAAUAAACCACCUUGUAAAUUAAAGGCGCAUUAUGGGUCUCGUCACGACAAAAAUAAUUUUUCUCUGAAAGUUUGACCUUUACCACGUCAUUUGCUAUCAAAACAUCAUUAGUCAUUGUAUCUUCUAUAGCGUAGAAAAUAAAUUGUAGUAUGUGAUGAUAAAUUACACUAACUCGAUAUGACAAUUCGAUCAUAUCUAGACUACAAUAAACUUCAAUCUUUGGUUUUUUCAAAAACAGAUGUACUCCACACUGGCUUCAAGGAUUCCACAAUGCCAAAUUCCUGCUGCUCGUCCUGGGAAUCUGCGCAUUUAUCCAGAGUUUUGUGGUGAAUGCGAUUUUCCCCGUCGGAUUAUCGACGCUUGAGCGACGAUUUCAAAUGACGAGCACACACACCGGCAUCAUCUCAAGUUGGUAUGAUUUCGCAGUUCUCCUGGUCGUCUUCCCAGUUUGCCACUGGGGUAAUAAUGGACAUAAGGGGAGAUGGAUUGGAUGGGGAGGUGUGAUUAUGGCACUCGGUUCAUUGAUCUGUGCUAUGCCGCAUUGGAUGGUUGACAUCUAUCAUCCGACUACGGAUUCAAGUGCGAAUUCAACAGAUUUCGGACAGUGCUUGAAUCGAGGAGAUCCAGAACAAUGCAGUGGGAAGCAGCCUUCAUCACUGUUCAAUCCGUAUUUUUGGAUUUUUAUUUUGGGACAAACUUUGCACGGUGUGGGAAGUACUCCCUUGUUUUCAAUUGGAACUACCUAUAUGGAUGAGAAUGUAUCACAAUCUUCAUCGCCUGUUUAUUUGGGUUAGUUGAAGGAUUGGGAACUUUACGGGGAUUUAUCGUUUAAGGAGCGGGAAACGUUAAAAAUACUCAUUUAACUGCACAUUUUUUCACGAAAUUUUUUGUUUUCAUGAAAUUUCAGCAUUGUUGAAAUGUAAAAUAAAAAUUUUCAAUCAAAAUAUCCAUAUAAAUAUUUUGGACAGGCCAGAUCAGUUCUGGGAAUUUUUACAUUUCACGGUUUGAACGGGCGUAAUAUUCACUUCACGAUUUUACGGCUUGAAAAAUUUUUACGAAAAAAAUCCAUGAUCUUAAUAAGUUUUCGAAUUGUUAAAUGAAUACACAAAUUUUAAGGGAUUUUACCGUUUUUCUUAUUUUACUUUAAAAAUAACUGUACAUUCAUUUUUUGUACAUUUUUUCACGAAAAUUUUCGUUCUCAUCAAAUGUCGGCCUUUUCGCAAAACUGCACAAAAAUUUCUCAUCUGGGAAUUUUUACGUUUCACGGUUUUAACGGGCUUUCAGCGUAAAAAUCUGUUUAACGGCUCACAAAAUCGUUAAAAAAAUUUUUAUAGAAUGGUGAAAUUUUUUGAAAAUUUCAGUAACAAAAUUUUUACGAACUUUUUUCACCUUAAAAUAAUUAUUUCACGUUUUACGAAGCCCUUCCCAGCACUGUUCCAAAUGCUGCAGAACAUUUCCCAUACCAAUUCUCUUCUUCCAGCAAUCCACGCAGUCCUCACCUCCUUCGGCCCAGUCAUCGGUGUCUUCGCUGGUGGCUUCCUCCUAAACCUCUACGACGAUUUCGACCGCGUCGAUCAUAUCCCAAUGGAAAGUUCAGAUCCCCGCUGGGUUGGUGCUUGGUGGGUCGGUUUUAUCAUCUCAUCAAUCUCCGCACUUCUCAUCGCAUUUCCAAUUCUCGCAUUUGCCCGGGAACUUCCCGAAGCCAAGCGUCACCGUGCUAAAGAUGUGAAUCAAUGUCACGCAGCGAAUGGUGAUGUUAAUGAAAAAGCUCCCCGCGAUUUGAGCAAAUUGCCAGCGUGUGUUAUGAAAAUCCUGAAAAAUCCCACUUUCCUUGUCUGCAUCGCUGUGGGUAUCUUCGAAUCUAUCAUCAUCAAUGGUUUCGCCGCAUUUAUGCCCAAGAUUCUCGAAACCUUGUUGAGUACCAAUCCAACUCUCGCCUCCUAUUUAUCAUGUUAGUCACAUUUAAAAACUCAAUCUUAAAAAAUUUCUUUCAGCGGUUGUAAUUUUCGCGGCGGCGACUGGAGUAAUGGUUGGAGGAACUGUCAUUAGACAACUAAAACUUCAGGUAAUUAUUUUGUGUUUCUUUUUCAAUACUUAAUUCGAUUAUUUUGACCACUUAUGUUAGGAAUUAACGAAGAGGGGCAAAGGCAAGAGAAUCAAAGGUUAAUGAAGGAAUUUUUUAAAGAAAAAAAAGUUUUUGAGGAGAAAGUGAAAAAGAAGGAAAUAUCCAGAUUGUUAAUGCAGUGAUAGAGGAAAUUUGAAAAAAAAUUUUAACGUUUGAAAAACCAAACAAGUCAUUCAGGAGCGGUAUUUUUAUUCAUUUUUUACCAAUAACGUUAAAAUUCUCAAGUAUUGAAGUAUUUUAACGUUAAGAGUAUUUUUAACGUCAAGAAACGUUAAAAACGUUAAAAAUUUUUUAUUUCAUGAAUCACUGCAUAAAAACCACAUUUUCCAGGUUGGUGGAAUGCUAAAAAUGAUCGUCGUCUGCCACGUGUUCGCUCUACUUUUCACAAUCGGACUUCUCAGUCAUUGCCCUCAACGUGAAUUCGUCGGAAUCAAUAUGGGCUACGAAGAUCUUACCCUGGAUAAAUACCACGAUUUCUCCAUCGAUUCUCAAUGUAACUCCGAUUGUAGUUGUAAAAUGGAAUGGAAUCCGGUGUGCGAUCAAAGAAGUGGUCACAUGUACUAUUCGGCUUGUCACGCUGGAUGUACAUCGAUGCGGAAAAUUGAGGUAUUUAAUCGCGUUAACACAUUUAACUCUCUAAAGAAUGAUCAUCAACAGAAAAUCACAUUUAAAAUAAUGUGAAACGUACUUAAAACGGUCACAUGUUUCAUGUUUUGCAGGGUUCAACACAAUGGGGUGGCUGUGGUUGUCUGAAUCAAAACCAAACAUUCCAUCAAAUUUUGCACUCAUCUUUAGCCUCGAAUCACGAGGAGAAUUUGACACAAGGCUAUUGUAAACAUGAUUGCGGAUAUCGGGAGUAUAUUUUGAUGGGGUCACUUUUUGUGACUGUGGUCGCUAGUUUUGCGUCGGGUAUUCCAACUCAGCAGGUAGGGGUGUCUUAAAAAGUGACGAUGACGUGGAAUUUCAAAUUUCUCGCUGAACUUAGCUCUCUUAUACGGUGUCCAAAAAAAACAAUGUUUCUGUCCAAAAGCUUGAGAUUAAAGGCGCAUGCUGAAGUACGGUAGAAGCUACAUAUCUAACAAGGGAACCUUUUUUACUCAACACUUCAAAUCAUGAUGAAAUUUGGUCCGUGAACAGCUUUUGGGGCCAUAAGAACACCCUAAAAAUUUCAGUCUCCCAAUCGACCUCUGAGCCAAGUUCUGGGCCCUCAAAAACUCAAAAAAGGCCUAAAAAUGGUCAUAAAAGGCAUCAUAGCUCCAUUUCAAAAUUUUUUUUGGGAGAAAUGAAGUUUCAGAUAUUGAUCAGCAUAGUCGAUUACCUAAAAGUAAAUCAAUAAAAAACUUUAUUUCGAAAAAUUUUGAAGUUUUUUAUUUUUGGACUGAAAAUUCAUGAAAAUUCAUGUGCCCCUGCUCAUUCUUUUUUCCAAAAUCAAAAAUUUUUCUGAAAAUUUGCUUUAUUGAUGUUUUUUGGGUAACACGACCACGCUGAUCAUCAUCUGCUACUCAGUUUUUCAUAAAAAUGAUCGAAAAUUGAGUUAUGACGUGUUUUAUGAGCCAAUUUUGGCAAUUUUUGAACUUUUGAGAGCCCAGAACUUGGCUCAGAGGUCCAUUGGGAGACUAAAAUUUUUAGGGUGUUCUUAUGGCCCCAAAAGCUGUCCAUGGACCAAAUUUCAUCAUGAUUUGAAGUGUUGAGUAAAAAAGGUUUCCUUUGUAAAUUGAGAAGAAAUUGAAUAGAAAACUGUUCAAGGUGCACAAUGUGUUUUUGAACACGUCGCGUCACCACACAAAUCCGAGGAGACGCAGAGAAAAAAAGACACCGUACUCUCCCAGGCCGCUCAGGUGAAUCGCUGCGAGACCACGCGUCAAACCGUACUCUCCCCGGGCGCUCAGGUGAAUCGCUGCGAGACCACGCGUCAAACCGUACUCUCCCCGGUCGCUCAGGUGAAUCGCUGCGAGACCAAGCGUCAAACCGUACUCUCCCCGGUCGCUCAAGUGAAUCGCUGCUAGACCACACAGCAUGUCUGCGUCUCCACGAAAUUAUCUUUUCUCAUUUGUCUGGCACGACGUGUGGAGACGAAAAUUUUUUUGAAAAGUAAAUAUUUCACGAUUUUUUUUCGAAAAUGCUCCAAAUUUCAGAACCUAAGCUUGUGAGGUAUUAAAAAACUGCAAAUUUUCUGCUGAAAACCAUUAGGCCAUUUUUGAGCGCUGAAAUGCCUUGCUAACAUUCGACUAAACAUUCCCACAUUUCCAGAUCAUGCUUCGCGUCGUGCCAUUCGAUCAACGUACCCUAGCCCUCGGUAUCAAUUGGACAUUCGUCCGUCUUCUCGGCUUCAUCCCCGGUGGAAUUCUUUUCGGUGUCAUCAUCGAUACAGCAUGCCUGGAAUGGGGUCAAAAUUGCGGAAAGGCAACUAGUUGUCUAGUCUACGAUCCUUUCAAAUUAAGUUGGACUAUCACAGCUUUAGCGAUCGUCUGUAAACUUCUAUCGAUCCUGGCCACGAUUAUUGGCUACAUGACGUAUCGUCCAUCAGAUUUGGAUAAUGCUGGUGAGUUCGGAGGGGCUUCUAGAGGGUCUGUGGGUCAUUUUGAGGAAAAAAACUUCGAAAAUCUGCAGGUAGAGGUGCACGAAGAGUUGGUAGGAAUAGAAAAAAGCAACCACUUUUGCGUUAGGUGAGGGAGUAGCUUUUUUUAAAUGUUUCUCACAAAAAGCUUCGUCCUUGAGUGAAAUUAAACGGGUAAAAUGAGAAUUUUCAAAUUUUCAGAAUUUUGAGCACAAAAAUGCUCCAAAUUCAAAAACCAAGGCUUGUGGGGCAUCAAAAUUUCCCGAAUUUUCAGGCUCCAUCCAAACCCUCGACAGUCACUGUCAUACCGCUCUUCAUCUCGUCGUAAACGACGAUCGUAUUCCCGAACAAGCCGUAAUCCAUCAAAGCUACGGUCAUAUGUAA